AUGGAAAGAGAGAUUAUCUCCACAGAGAACGUCCCACCAUCUUCACCAACUCCUCAGAGCCAGCAAAGGUACAACUUCUCAAUGCUCGACCAGAUAGUCCCUUCCAUGCUUGUACCUCUCGUCCUCUGCUACCCUUACCCCACCGACACCGCCUCCCCCGACGAUCCCCACUCUUUCGCCGCCCGGUCGACGAACCAGCUCAGGCGCUCCCUAUCCGUAAUCCUGACCCGAUUCUACCCGCUUGCCGGCCGGGUCAACCCGGACGGUCAGUCCAUCGACUGCCACGACCAAGGCGUCCCCUUCACCGUCGUCCGCUUCCCGGCCACCCGCCUGUCGGACCUCCUCUCCAAGCCCGACGAGGCCCUCCCGCGCCACCUCCUCCCGUGCCCCGUCACCUGGGACUACGAGCCCGGGCCGGGCUCCAGCCCGGCCCUCGUCCAACUCAGCCACUUCGCCUGCGGCGGCGCCGCCCUCUCCCUCGUCCUCUGGCACAAGGCCGCCGACGCCGCCACCCUGGGCGACGGGUCCGUCUCCAUGUCGGAGAUUCUCAAAACCGGGACUUCCGUCAUGCGGCGGUUCGUGUUCGACAAGGCCUCGAUCGAGGCUCUCAAGUCGUCGAUAUCGGGCGAUAUGAAAAAUCCGACGCGGGUCGAGGCCGUGUCGGCCCUCUUCUGGAGGUGCUUCAUGGCCGCGUCCUUCGCGAACGGGCGGGCCGACUCGGUCCUGACCCACGCAGUCAACCUGAGGCGGCGGGCCAACCCGCCGUUUGGGCCUGACUGCUUCGGGAACUUCCCGGGCCUCGCGGUGGCCACGGCCCAAAAUCGGAAGGAGCUUGUCGGGUUGGGGAAACUGGUCGGGAAAAUGAGGAGUGCGGUCGGGAAAAUCGACGGGGAGUACGUGGAGCGGAUGAUGGGGGACGGGGGGCUCGCAGGCUACCGGGAGAAUCAAGGGCUCGUGUGGCGGGACAUUCCCCGGGAUGCGGACAUGCUGUCGAUUACAAGCUGGUGUGGGUUCGGUUUUUACGAGGCGACGGAUUUCGGGUUCGGGAGGCCUGGUUGGGUGACGUGGUUCGAGGCGGGUGGCGCGCCCGGGUUGAAGUUUUUGAACGUGGUGUGGUUGAUGGACACGAGGGACGGGAAAGGGGUGGAGGCGUGGGUGGUGUUGGACGAAAAGUAUAUGACGGUUUUCGAGGACGACGAGGAUUUACGGGCUCGGGCGUGGCGCGACCCGAGUCCGAUAGCUAAUGCGGGUAAUUUCGUGCAGUGA